AUGACGGCCGUCGCCACCGUAUCGACAGAGCGCGGACAUUGGCUCGAUAGGUACGCCAAUGACUAUCACCGGUGGAGACUUGAAAAAGACCAGAGCGGCAAUGCUUCUUGGAUUAGGCGCCAAGGCGUCGUCGAACAAGGCUUUGACACAGAUGGACGAUACUACGGUGGCAGGGCUGAUGUCAAUACGUUGCUCCGCCUCAAGGCCUCAAGCGCCAUAUCUCCCGAGCAACUUCAACAGAGAAUCCUCUUGGCGUGGACAGUCCUGCGCCUCGAGCACGUACUUUUGAGGGCCGCAGCUCCCAUAAUGACGGACUCCUCAGAAGUUGCUGAACCUUAUUUUCGAGUAUCGUGUUUCAACAGCUCAGAAGAGGCGAUUGAAGAUGCGCAAAAGUGCUUGGUCCAUGUCAAAGACCGUCGAGGACGGCCUGUGAAUGAUGACGAGUUUUACCACCACGUUGUCAACACGGCGCGAGUUGUGGAUCCAAACGGGUCUCUCUCCAAGCUGUUCGUGUUGCCUCCAAAGUUGUCGAUUAGCGGUCACGUUGUACUCAGAUUUUUCUUUGUGGUAGCACAUUCCGUGACCGACGGCCUCACUAUGCGUGUCUGGUUGGAAUCGUUUCUUAGGCUUAUUAACUCGCCUCUCCACGACUUGCAAACAGCAGUCGAAUCUCUGGGUACUACGGUCGCUACCAAGCCCCGGCUUCCACUUGCGCAAGAGGAUCUUUAUCCUCAGAUAUCUGGUUCUCUUGCCCGGAGACGCUGGUUCUGGUGUCUGUCCAGAGUUCUCCGCCACGUCCGCAGAUCUCUGCCGGCCGCAUUUCCUAAUCCGUUGCGUCGCGAUCAACCCUUUCCAGAUUCUCGCCUGUACCCACCAGUCUACUCGGAUGUCCUGGACUACAGUUCAAAACCGCCUUUGAACACAUUCUACGUCCGCGCCACUGUCAACAGCAAAGCUCGAGAUCGCCUUGUGUCUAUCUGCCGACAGGUCGGAGCCAGCGUAGGGGCCGGUGGCUUUGCCCUCGUGGCUCUAGUCAUGAUGAUACUCAACGAGCGCCGCAACCCGGGCGACCAGCGGCCCUUUAUGACGGGGUUCCCACUCAACCCGCGCCCCUUUUUCAACCACAUGGACCCGCCAGACUCCAUGAUGCUCGCCUUUAGCGAUGGUAUUGUGCUGCCGUUCUUGCCGUCGCACCUGGACCUCGAGGGCCGGUUCCGGAUCCUGGUCCGGCACGCGCAGAGGCAGCUGUCGUCCUUCCAGAAGCGCGCCCGGCCCGAGGACACAAGAGAUCCACUGUGGUACGUGGGCAGCCGCGGACCCGGCAGGGUCAUUGCCAUCAACUACCUCGCGACCGUGGAGAAGGAGCAAGCAAAGCUGCCUGUAGAGCGGCGGAAUGCUGUCAAUGGACCCCAGGGCUCGCUGGAGGCACGCCCGAACGAAAGUUCGCAGACUUGCGGCGUGAGCUCCGUGGGGCGGACGACGCAAAAGCCCGGCAUGUACGACCUCAAAAAGCCGAUUGGAAAGAAUGAGGACGACUUUGUGGCUGACUGGUUUGAUGCCAGGAGUUCGGUACGGGUCCGGGAUGACGAGUUCCUCUGUGGCGUGACUGGCCAUGACGACGGACUGGAGCUAGGCGUCAGCGUGGAUGGAAAUGCCAUUGAUGAGAAGAGGGCAGACGAGUGGAAACACUUGAUAGAGACUAUCUUUGACGACGAGCAAGAUCAAGUUCGGCCGAGGUUAUAG